CCAACACUGCUAAAGUAUCCAGUUUUUCACGGCAACAAAUUGACAAAGAAUUUACAAGAUAAUUUCUUGAUUGCAGGUGCGAUUGCUGGGUGCGCAAAAGCCACUGAAAAGCAGGGCUGGAAACUAGAUAAACAGGAAGUGAAUUGUUGCAGGGAGAUCGAGACUUUAAAGCAGUUGGCCUACUGCGACGCACCAAACACUUUUUUUUUGUAUGCUGUGAGCCGCGAGGAGGCGGAAAUCGGAAAUCGGGAGUUGGGACAACCGCAAUCGGGAAUCAGGAGUCGGGGCAAAUGGAGCAGAACUCGAACGCGGAGACGUUCGCGGAGGCACCUGCUCCGGAUGCCGAGUACGGCAUGGCCAUGGAGAACUGCUCCGGAUCCGCUGCCUCGGGCAGCAGCGACACCGUGAGUGCCAAUCACGAGUUCCAGACUAUGAAACCGGGUCCCGGAGUGGUGCACAAAGUGCCACCGGUGGUGGCCACCAAUGCCAUCAAUACCACCAAUGGACGUUCUCGAGCCGAGCUGCCGCACAACGAGCUGGUCAAAAUGCUAUACUAUCUGGAGGGCGAGCUGCAGGCACGGGAUGUCUGCAUUGCUGCUCUGAGGAACGAGCGGGUGAAGCAACUCAUUGCCCAGCUGCGGACAAAGCGGCUGCAGCCCAACGAUCCGUAUGCGGCCAUAUUCCGGGACAAGAUAGCCCUCAACGGGAACCUAAUCUCGCGGGAGUCAUCCACACAGGCGGCACAGGCCGAAAUGGAGGUGCGCCAGAUCAUCGAGCAGCAGAUGGAGCAGCAGUACCAAAUGGUCAGCAAGCAGAGGGCCACGCAUGUGCGCAUGGUCAACAUACUGACCGAAUCGCUGGAGAACAACCAGAGGAUGCUGCAGGAACUGGAGGAGGAGAAGCGCAAGCAUGAGCACACCACGGCGCAGGGCGAUGACAUUACCUACGGCCUGGAGAUGGAGCGCACCAAGCUGAAGCAGGACCUCGAGGAGGAGCGCGCCCAGGUGGCCAAGAUGGAGAAGGACCUGAAAAAGCUGCAGGAGACGCUCGAGUACGAGCGCAAUCGGCAGAAGCAGAUUGUGCUGCUGCUGAUUGCGGAGCGCAAGAAGAUCUUGAUGAAGUACAUAGAAGAGGGCAAACGUUCCGAGGAUCUGGCACAAAUCCUGGCCGAGGAGAAGCAGCGUUCGGACACCAUUGCCGAAGGCCUCGAGGAGGAGAGCAAAAAGUCCCUGCGCAUGGAGGAGGAGCUGGAGAAGCAAACCCAAGCCAUGGAGCUGGAGCGCAAAGCCCUGUUCGCCAAACUGGCCAAGGAGGAACUGCGGGUCAAGGAACUGGAGCAGGAACUCAAUGCCCUCCGCAGCGAGCAUGAGGCUCUGAAAAAGCAGCAGUCACUGGGGGGCAGCGGCUCAUCAUCGGUGGCCGCCGCCAAGGCGCGACAGUUCAGCGACGACGCCUGUGCCACGCCGCCCAUGGUGAACAUCGCCAAGAUCGUGCAGCCAACCGCCACGGUGAGCAGCAUGCCGGUUUCGGGACCACAGACCGGCAUUGCCCGCUCCAUAGCGCCGGGCCAGAACAUCCGGAGCGCUGGAAUCGCAACGGCGCCCACGGGCACGGCCACAGCAGCAGUAGCACCACUUUCGGCCGUGCUCAACCACACAACCAGCACCACGAACAACACCACCACCACCACCGGCAGCAGCAGCAGCAGUAUCAUCUCGAGCGUCGGACCAGCCACUGCAUCCGUGGAGACAGCUGCUACUGUCACCGUGCCCCUGGUGGCGCCACCCUCACCCUCGCCGGCAAAGAUGCAGCCCACUGCCACCAUCCAACGGGCGCCAGGAGGCAAGUACGCUGCACUGGCUGCGGCAGCUGCCCUCGACCAGACGGCCACACCACCGCAUCCCCAUCCCGUGCCCAUUGCCGUGCCACCAGUCACCGUGCCACCGGCGGGAGCCCGUGGAGCUCCGCCACCCAUACCGAUCAAGCCAAUCGUACCGCCCAAGCGGGAGCCCUCGCUCUCAAGGCUGGGCUCGAUCACGGGCAGCAGUGCCAUUGUGGCUGCCACCGCUGCAGCCAGCACCACGGCCUCGGUGUCGACGAGUGGCACGACGAGCACCGCGGCGAAGCAUAAUUAGACACCCCCUUUUCACUCAGACUCACAUAAUUAACCAAUAUUGGGCGUAGGAUAAGCGAGACACUCAAGUGGCGUUGUCUGUCCCUCGAUGCACGCGCUAGGCAACAGGAUCUUCCAUCUCGAACUGCCAUCAGAAAGACUUUUUCUGCACAAGUCCAGCCUUUAUUUAUAGUCCUUUGACGAUAUAGAGCUACAUUUACUAAUCAGUGAAGCACUUUCAAGCAACGUAUUUUACUGAUCCGUAAAUGUAGCUAUAGCACAUUUAUAAAAAGCUCUUACUUAACAAUCUUCUGACUUAAUUUCACUUUCAAAUGUGUUUUAGUUAGUUGUCACCUUAUUAGUGAUAUUUUUCUGAAAUAUUUUGAAAAUGAGUUUUGUCUACUUUAAAUACUUAAUUUUUUACGCUUUGUUUUACAAUAGCUCCUAUUAAAUACUCUUAUUUUUAAUAACACGACAAAUUUAAAUGUUAUGGGCAUUUCAUACCUAAAAGUCCAUAAUACUCUUAAAUCGUUUUGUUUAUUUGUAUAGCAAACGUAUAUGUAUUUGUAUUUGUCCUUUGCAAUUUAUGUUCAUAGAGAUAAACCUAGUCAGUUCGGGAUUGGAAUCUUAAUAAGCAUAAAUCAUUUGAUUAUUUAAAUUAUUUUCUGUUGCCUGGUGUGAUUGACUGAGGAUGACGAUUUUGCAAAAAAAAAAAAAAAAUGAGUAGGAGAAACGUUUGUUAAGCAUUAGAAUGAUGAUGAAGUACCAUCCCGGCGGCAACUCAUCUAAGUCUAGUUUAGUUUCUAUUGUUUUUACCCAGCGAAUGAUAUAUUUUUAAUGCCGUUGGCGGUCCGAGGGCCAAGCCAGAGACAAAAGCGACUUUAAUUGUAAUUCCGAACGUAGUAACCGAACAUUUGUACAAGGCCGUGCGAUUCUCAUAACAAUUACCAACCAGAAUAUAUAGCAAUUAUAUACAUACCCACAGAUAUAAACAUAUAUCCACGUAUAUGCAUAAUAUACUUAUGUGUACUACCCUUGAGCUCUGGGCGUUGUUUAAUAGUUCGUAGGUGCGUCUCCGUAUACAUACGCGUGUGUAAACUUCCUUUCUGUGCAGCUAAAGUACUUCGUAGUGAUUGAUUUUAAUCUUGUUUUAAGUUUGGCCUAAGCAGUUUUGAUUUGCCGCCUAGCCGAUUCCAUGAGAAUAAGGUAUGCUCCUAUAGAUUUACCCAUGCCGUUUACACUAGUUUAGUUUGCUGGGACACCACUCGUUUUGGGAGCCAGCAGAUUGUGUUAUCUUUUUAAAAUGCGUACUGUUAACAUCCCUCCAGACCCCCAGCAGCUUGGAUUUCCUUUUAGUCAAAGGGCAGCAGCCAGUCAAGUAGUGUUGUUGGUACAAUAAAGAGCAAAGAGGCACAAGAUAUAAGCAAAAUGCGUAUGAAUACAAGUUAGCAAUGCAUACAAUCUAUAACAAAUUACGAUGUAUUGGAAAAGCGAAAAAUACAAAAUAAAUUACACUAAAAAUGCAUUCAAAA